GGGCCGUCCCUGGAGUGACCUUGAAGGGAGGGGGGGUGGUGGGGUGGUAAUGAGCUCCUGAUCACCAGUCAGGAAACCCGACAUUCGACAACUGCCUCUCAACAACCACCCUCCUCCCUCUACCCCACGUAAAAAAAACCCCACCACUACACGGCCAUCUCAUGCUCAGCCCACAAAGAGAACUGGUAUUGAAGAGGCAGGGCAGCGGGGCAGAGGUGCAGAUGAAAAGAGUCUAGAGAAACAACUACUUCAGCUCUGAUAUACAACUACCAGACCUCCAAAAUAAAAAAUGAAUGCACAGAAGCUUUGGACAAGGAUUGCUGUGAUGGCGCUCCUGGUGCUGGCAGUGAUGGCGGCAGAAGGAGGCAAAGUCGACAAACAAGGAAAGAAGGAUCGUAAAUCGGACUGCGGAGAAUGGCAAUGGAGCGUGUGUGUGGCCAACGAAGGGGACUGCGGACUCGGCACCAGGGAAGGGACACGUUCUGGAAUUGACUGCAAGCAGACCAUCAAGACACAACGUUGCAAGAUCCCCUGCAACUGGAAGAAGAAAUUUGGAGGUGAAUGCAAGUACGAAUUCCAGGUGUGGGGAGAGUGCGAUCUGGCCACAGGCAAGAAGAACAGGACGGGCGUACUGAAACGGGCGCUCAUGGACGCGACCUGCGCCGCCACCGUCACGGCCACCAAGCCCUGCGGGAAAAUCCCCAAGACCAAGCUGCAGGAUGCAAAGAAGAUGAAGAAAGAGAGUAAGAAACGAGAGCGCACCCCAAUGAACUGAGGAGGUCGCGUACCUCGACGAGACGGAAGACGUGUGGAGAAGACGUCCACUGCCCUGUGUGAACACGGUUCCUCCUCGUACGUCCUGUAGGUUGACUCUAGGAGCCAACAGAUCUUUGACAAACCCAGUGGAGAUGUGAAUUUUAGUCAUCCGUUCGACUUUUAUCCCUUUUUUGUAGCUUCAAGAUUUAUGCUGUAAUCGGAGAAAUGAAUUCCUCUCAUGUGGUAGUGACCGAUAACGAAUAUGUGUUUUCUAGUGUUUCACCUAACGAUGUUUUUCUAAGAGUAUUUUCUAAACAAAAAAUAAACCAAAUUGGAUAGGAUGUGUUUUGUAGCUCAUUCUAAUUUGGAUAAGUCUUUGUUUCCUGCAGUGACUUGAUGAGGUUUUUGUUUCUACAUCUAAUCAUCUUGAUUAGAACAAAACAAAGUUGUGUGUUUUCAUCCCCCCCACACACACACACACAUCUAGGUAAAAUGUAACUAUUUUUACUCUGUGGUAUAAUACCUGUCCUGCUAUUAAGAAUAAACAAUACAGAAGUUAAUUGUAUCUCCAGGCUGUAUUAAACGGUUAAUCUGUGUGUUUUUAAAGUGUUGCUGUUUGUAGUUUGUUUUCCUUCUGCUGCUCUGAUGUCCCCCCGUUUAAACACACACACACAAACACACACACACUGACUUUUCUCUCUGUCUCCAGCUGUAAAAAUGUGAUUUCUUACAGUUAUGGCCCUUAUAUGGAUUUAACAUCACCACAAAAAUAAAAAUGUAUUACAAGAAA